ACGGUGAAACUAAGGAUGGCCGCCGCCUCAAAUAAUUUAUGAAAUUUAUAGUUUACUAACUUCCAUGGAAAUAGAGGACAGCACUUGUUUUCUUCUCGUAGCAAUAAGUAGUAAGUCAACACCUCAAUCACCGCUUUCAAAAAUCCAUGGAGUCCAAUACUGAAAUCGUUAACUUUGGAACAUCCAUCAUAGUGCCCAGUGUUUUGGAGCUGGCUAAGCAGCCCCUUGCGAAGAUCCCCCUUCGCUAUGAACGCGCCGAUCAGGACCCGCCUAUGGUUUCCGACAGAGAUUCUGGACCGUCGGUACCGAUCGUUGAUCUUCACCGAUUGGCUGUUGGAGAUUCUGCUGCUUCGGAAUUGGACAAGUUGCAUUCUGCAUGUAAGGAAUGGGGAUUCUUCCAGAUCAUAAACCAUGAAGUUCCCACCUCAUUGCUGGAGGAAUUCAGAAUGGAAAUUGAAAGUUUCUUCAAUCUUCCCUACGCUGAAAAGAAGCUGCUUUGGCAAAACUCACAGAAUCAAGAAGGAUUUGGGCAGCUCUUUGUGGUAUCAGAGGAGCAGAAGCUUGAUUGGUCAGACAUGUUCUACAUAACCACUCUCCCUCUUGAUCUGAGAGAGCCUCGUCUAUUUCAAAAGCUUCCACCAAAACUCAGAGAGACUUUGGAAGCUUACUCUACUGAAGUUAAGAAGUUAGCAAUUGUCAUCUUGGAUCAUUUGGCCAAAGCUCUGAAGAUGGAUGUUGAGGAAAUGAGAGAGCUCUUUAGAGAUGGUGUUCAGUCAAUGAGGUUGAAUUACUAUCCUCCAUGCCCUGAGCCUGAUAAGGCGAUCGGAUUUUCAGCUCAUUCAGAUGCUGACGCUCUGACAAUUCUCUAUCAGCUCAAUGAAGCCGAAGGAUUGCAAAUUCGAAAGGAUGGGAGAUGGGUUGCUGUUAAACCACUUCCAAAUGCAUUUGUAGUCAACAUUGGAGACAUCAUGGAGAUUGUAAGCAAUGGUGUAUACAAGAGCAUUGAGCAUAGAGUUUCACUGAAUUUCUCCAAGGAGAGGCUUUCAGUAGCUACAUUCCAUAGCUCAAAUCUAAACUCGGAUUUGGGUCCAGCUAACAGCCUCGUAGGACCGCAGAACCCCGCAGUUUUUAGAAGAGUUAUGUUGGAAAAGUACUUCAAAGACUUCUUUGCUCGAAAACUAGAAGGAAAAUCAUACCUUGAGCAGAUGAGAAUAGAGAAUAUGGGCGACCAUGCUUGUUAAAAAGUUAUCUACCGAUAGGGAAACAAAAAUAAAGCAUAUGCUCGUCGCACAAGUGGAAGAAAUUAUAUAUCCAUAUCAGAAACAGCUUUUGCACCUCUUCAGCUUGCUUCAUUCAUAGUGCAGGAGAUUCAUCAUGAAUCCCAGCUAAUGAAUGUAAAGAAAAAUUUAAGUUGUAAU